AUGAGGACUUUGCCCGAGCCUGAAUUCUCAUAUGGUUAACCAGUCCCGAAGGAAACUGAUGGAGUUGGAAGAUAGCAAAUCGAUAUAAGAUUAAAGGAACCAAAGAGAUAAGGAGCUAUGCUCUUACCUGAAGAGGAGUUUACCUAUGGCAAAGCAAACAGACCUUCAACUCCCAUUAAAGCCGUUGUCAGUGGCUUCUAUGGUGAUGUAGCAGAGUAAUAAAUCUUAACUAGAUAUGAGGUAUUGAAAGAGUAAUCAAAGCCAGUAAGUCUAGCCUAUGCAAGAAAUCAUACCAGAGGUUCUUAGCUAGCCUAAGAUCAUAUGAGGGAAACUUCUACAAAAGAUCAAUUUGGAACCUCUACCUAAAAUCUUUUUAAAAUGAAGAAAUUCCAGAAUGUCCAGCCAAGGACAAAUACUCAUAACUAAAUGAGAAGAACCUCUUCACAAGCAGUCCUUAACAGAUAAAGAUGA